CCUCCCGGGUGUGUCACGUGGUUGCUGCGGAGGGCUGGGGCCCCUCCGCCUCCCCGUCCCGGGCUCCAUGGCUGCGGAGCGGGUGUGGUCCCGCCUGUCCCGGCAGGAGGGGGAGGUCCGUUGGCUGGCCGCAGAAAUCGGGCGCCUGAAGGAGCAGCAGGAGCAGCAGGAGCAACAGCAGCAGCAGCUGCAGCAGCAGCAGCUGCAGCAGCAGCAGCAACAGCAGCAGCAGCAGCAGCAGCAGCAGCAGCAGCAGCAGCAGCCCGGCCUUGGUGGUCGGAUCCCGGAGCUGGAGCGGCUGCGGGGCGAGAACGAGAAGCUCCGCUACCGGAUCGUCCACCUGCGCCGCAGCCUGGAGGCCCAGCGGGGAGGACCACACUCGCCCCCCGGGCCCGCACGGGACCCCCGGUUAUCUAGUGGACCCUGGUUCAUCGAAGACAGGCUGAAGCUUUACGAAACACUGAAAAGAGAGCAUGACACCUUGCUUGCCCACAGAGCCGCAAACCAGAGUAAAUGGAUCCAAAUAACACUGACCGAUGGGAAAGUAAUUGAAGGAGAGUCUUGGAAAACAACAUCCUAUCAAGUGGCUGCUGAAAUUAGCCCAGCACUGGCGGAUAACACAGUAAUAGCCAAAGUGAACGGUGAACUGUGGGAUUUAGAUCGUCCGUUGGAAGGAGAUUCUACCCUAGAACUUCUUACGUUUGAAAAUGAGGAAGCCCAGGCAGUAUAUUGGCAUUCAAGUGCUCAUAUUCUUGGAGAGGCUAUGGAAAAUUAUUAUGGAGGCUGCUUGUGUUACGGCCCGCCCAUUGAGAAUGGAUUUUAUUACGACAUGUUCCUUGAAGACAGAGGAGUAUCUAGUACAGAAUUCCCAAGUUUGGAGAACUCGUGCAAAGCUAUCAUAAAAGAGAAACAACCUUUCGAAAGAUUAGAAAUCAGCAAGGAAAUCCUCCUGGAUAUGUUUAAGUAUAAUAAAUUUAAAUGUCGCAUUCUGAAUGAGAAGGUUGACACCCCAACUACCACAGUAUACAGGUGUGGUCCAUUAAUUGAUCUUUGCAGAGGUCCACAUGUAAGACACACUGGAAAAAUCAAAACCUUGAAAAUUUUAAAAAAUUCUUCAACGUACUGGGAGGGGAAGGCCGACAUGGAGACAUUACAGAGAAUCUAUGGAAUAUCCUUCCCUGAUAGUAAGAUGAUGAAAACUUGGGAAAAGUUCCAGGAAGAAGCCAAAAACCGAGAUCACAGGAAAAUCGGAAAGGAACAAGAACUUUUCUUCUUCCAUGAUCUGAGUCCGGGGAGCUGUUUUUUCCUUCCUAGAGGUGCCUUUCUUUAUAAUACGCUCUUGGACUUUAUAAGAGAGGAAUACCAUAAACGUAACUUUACCGAAGUGGUGUCUCCUAAUGUCUACAAUAGUAAGCUGUGGGAGACAUCAGGUCACUGGCAGCACUAUAGUGAAAAUAUGUUUUCCUUUGAUGUUGAAAAGGAGACUUUUGCACUAAAACCGAUGAACUGUCCAGGACACUGUUUGAUGUUUGCUCAUCGUCCACGAUCCUGGAGAGAAAUGCCUAUUAGGCUAGCUGAUUUUGGAGUUCUUCACCGAAACGAGCUGUCAGGAACUUUAAGUGGUUUGACUCGAGUGAGGCGUUUCCAACAAGAUGAUGCUCACAUCUUUUGUAUGAUGGAGCAGAUUGAGGAGGAAAUGAAAGGCUGUUUACAGUUUUUGCAGUCAGUUUAUUCAGUUUUUGGAUUUUCUUUUCAACUAAAUCUUUCUACAAGACCUGAAAACUUUCUGGGAGAGAUUGAGACAUGGGAUCAAGCUGAAAAGCAAUUGCAGAAUAGUUUGAAGGAAUUUGGAGAACCAUGGAAGCUGAAUCCAGGAGAUGGAGCAUUUUAUGGGCCUAAGAUUGACAUCAAAAUUAAAGAUGCCAUUGGCAGGUACCAUCAGUGUGCCACUAUUCAACUAGACUUCCAACUACCAAUCAGAUUUAACCUAACUUAUGUGAGCAAGGAGAGCGACGAUAAGAAGAGACCAGUGAUCAUUCACCGAGCUAUUCUAGGAUCAGUUGAAAGAAUGAUAGCCAUCCUUUCAGAAAACUAUGGAGGAAAAUGGCCUUUCUGGCUGUCUCCUCGACAAGUAAUGGUCAUCCCUGUGGGGCCAACCUGUGAAGAGUACGCUCAACAGAUCCGCAGUGAAUUUUUUGAAGCAGGAUUUAUGGCUGAUGUCGAUUUGGAUCAGAGCAGCACACUGAAUAAGAAAAUACGAAAUGCACAGUUGGCUCAAUAUAAUUUUAUUUUGGUGGUUGGAGAAAAGGAGAAAGGAAAUAAUGCCGUAAACGUGCGAACGAGAGACAAUAAAAUUCAUGGAGAGAUUUCAGUAAAUUCGGCCAUUGAGAAAUUGAAGAAGUUAAAGAAAUCUCGAAUGCUCAAUGCAGAGGAAGAAUUUUGAAGUUUCUGCUCUGUCACCAGCAUCACAGUUUCUGAGCCUUGAAGAUGCAGGUCUUGCCUUAGCUUGCUAAAAUAUUAACUCUUAUUGUCAGAGCCGUGGAAUCACCGAUGACAGAGGAAACGUGGGUAAGAGAAAUAUGUCAGAAUGUGGACGCCCCUUACAAUGAAACUUGGAGGGAGCUGAGGCACGUGUUUAGGGGUAGUAAUAAAUACUAUUAAAACAAUAGUAUGUAUUAAAUGCUUGCGGUGUGCAGAGCACUAUACUUAAGCGCUGCUGGGAGUGAAUAUGCAGGUGAGAAUUAUUCAUUCAAUAGUAUUUAUUGAGCGCUUACUAUGUGCAGAGCACUGUACUAAGCGCUUGGAACGUACAA